AUGAUUGAAAAUGAUUAUGAAAAUGAAACUAUUAAUGAUGAUUAAAUACUGUAUCCUUAAAUUUAAGAAUUAGAUCAUUUUUCAUUUGAUGAUAAGGCUUAAAUAAUUUCUACUAUCAUAGUUCCUUUUCUAUUCAAAAAUUUAAAUCUUGAAAAGUAACUUUGUUCACUUUAUAAAAUGGAUGGGUAUUUUAUAUCUUGCAUUUCCAUAGAGAAAAUUAUAAAAGAAAAAAGAGAACUUUCAAAUCAAAACCAUGAAAUAUAAUAAUAAUUUUUUUCUGAAAGCUUUCGAUUAUCUAUAUUAACUGAAAAAGAUGAAGAUUGUGAAUAAUUAUUUCAGAUUAACUAGCUUGAUCUUUUAAUUAUUUGUAAUUCACUCAAUCGUCUAAAUAUAUAUUCAAUAAAUUUAAAUAAUAUUACUAUCACUAACAAAGAUUUUGAUUUUGAUAAAACUUAAUACAAAUUUUGUCAAGUUAAGUAUGAAUAAUAUUUUGACAAUUCAUUUUUGUUAAUAUUUUAUGACUGUGUCUAAUGGGCAAUUUAUAUAUAAAAAGAUACUUUCUUAAAUUUAAUUUUUAAUAGCGAUAUUGCAUUGGAAAAUGAUUCAUAUUUUGACAUUGAUUUUGUUGAAAAUAUUUAAAUUUGUUAAGAAAAAAUUAUAAUAUCUGGAAAUUAUAAGUACUUUCAAUAUUCUUAUAAAUCUAAUAACACGCUUUCUAUUAACUUUUUUGGUUCCAAGAAAUUUUUUAAAUAAGUCUUAUUUGAUAGAUUUUGCAUAAUUUAAUAUUAUCUUCUAGAAUCUUAAUCAAAUAAUAAAAUUUAUAUUACAAAUGAAAAUACUAAUUUUGAGUUGGAAGGUAUUCCAAAAUAUGUUUAUUUCGUUUCAAAUGUAUUAUUUAUAAUAAAUGAAGAAGGGCUUUUAAUUAUAUUGAAUAAAAAGUUUAGAAAAAAAGUUGAAUUAAAAAUAUUUCCUUUACAUUUUUAUUAUAUAAAUAACUUCUUUUAUCAGAUUGAUUACGAAAGCAAAACCUUUAAGUUUUAUAAAUACAAAAUAAUUAAUAAUUACAUCAUAAAUCCUACAAAAAAGUUCCUAUUAUAUUUUUCAUAUUAUAGGUAAUUUAUUGAUGAAUCUCCGAGUUAAUGUUAAUUGAUUUAGAUGAAUAAAAAUUCAACAUAAAUUCAAACUUAUAAUUAUUCAUUAUAAAUAAAUAUUAAAUGUGAAAUAAUCGAUAAAAUAUUUAUAAAAAAACCAAGUGUUUAGUUGCCUGAAAAUUUCAAAGUUGUAAUAGAAUCUGACAUUUUAAAUUUAGUUAAGAAUAUUGAUGAUAAAGAAAAAUUUGAAUCACUUUGUCAGAUACCAAAAUAACAUCUUCAAAAUAUUCAUUUAUUGUAUUAUCUUUCUGAUCAUAAAGCUUGUGUAAUUUUUUUAACUGCAAAAUUUCUAAACAUUUUAUAUUGCGAUGAUUAAAAAUUGGUUUAAAUUUAUAUUUAAAAUUAGAAGGUAAUUAAUUUUAAAUAACAAAUUUUGCUUCUUAAUGACUAUGUGGAUCAUUUGAAAAUUGUUUAAAUUUUUAAUGGUUUGCCAAAAUAUCAAGAAUAUAAACUAGAUAGUAAUAUUUAAGAAUUUGUCUAAAAUUCAAAAUAUGUUUUAAUAAUUACAAAAUCCCUACAAAAAGUUGAAUUAUUUGAUUUAAAUUUUAUUCAAACUGUUUAAUUGCCUUCUCUGUUAAAUUAAAUCUUGCUAAAUAUUUAUUUAAAUAAUUUGAAUAAGGAAGAGAAUCUUUAGAAUUUUUAUUGUAAAAAAGGUAAAAAUAUUUUCAUUUUGUAGUACUAUAAACAUUUAAUGGUAUUUAAAUAAGACUAAAUUUUUCAUUUUGAGCUAAAAUAGUAAAUUCUAUCAAUUAUACAAAUAUCAAGUUUUUUAAAUGCCUUUCAUAUUGUUGCUGUAGAUAAAAACGAAAAUUGCUUUGUUUAGUUUGUUUUAGAUUAAGCAGAUUUAACACUCUGGAACAAGCAUUGUUUAUAAAACUCAUAAUUUAUAUACCCAAUCAUAUAUUAAGAAUUUCAAAAUUAAAUUAUUAUUGCAAUUACUAAAGAUAACUGCACUUUCUUAAAUAUAUUUACAUUUUAAGAAACAAAUAUAAUUAAAUUGAAGUAAACUAUCAAAGUGAGCUAGAAGCAAUUCUUUAUUAAUUAAAAUUAACUGUUUUAUUUUGAUAUAAACAAUCAGAUAUCUAUAUUAAACUUAGAUCAUCUAAUUAUUGAACUUAACCCUAUUCUUCAAUAUAAUAGAAAUUUUAAAAUAGAUGAAAAGUUAGUCUUUUAUAUUAAAAAUGAAUUUAUUGACAACACAUAAAUCAUAUUUGCUUCAAACAUUUCAUUUUUUUUUUAAUGUUAAAAAUUAAUUCCACUUAAGAAUGAAUUUUCAAUUAUUCUUGACAAUAAUACAAUAAUUCAGCUCAAUGAUCUUUUUUAAGGGGCUAUAGAUAUCUUAAAAUUAGAAGGAAAUUCAAAUGUACUUUUGGAAGGUCCUUUCUUGUAUCAAUAGUAAAAUAAUUAAAAUAAUAAUGAAUUAUUAACUGUAAUCUAUAAUGUAGAGUAAUACAAUGUUCAAAUUUGUUUAAUUACUAUUUAGUCAAUUUCUGAUUAUAUGCAGAUUUUAAAAAUCCAAAUUAAAAAUUAGGAAGAAGAUCUAUUUUAGGAAAAAUAUGGAAUCUUUUUAUAUGCAUUUUAUUUAAACUAGUCAUAGAUUAUAUUCUUUUUUGAGAUUGAGAAUCAAGUAAAGGCUUAAAUUUUUAGAAUAAAUCAAGAAAAACUUACUAUAACAGACGAUUCAGAUUAGUUAAUAAUUAAUAAUUAUAAUUAAAAUCUAGAAAUUACAAAAUAGAAUAAUUUAUUUUAAAUUAAGUAAGGAUAACAUUAUGAUUAUCUUUAUAUUGAAAACGGCAAUAUGCUACUAUUAUAAAAUAUAAAAGGAAUUAAAAAUUUAUUACUUAUAUAAAAUUCAAAUGAAUUACUCUUAGAAUCUAAAUUCUAAUAUUCUUAAUCAUUAUUCUCUAUUAGUCUGAUAAAAAUUGAAUAAUUGGAUUUUUUGAUUAUAAAACAAUUUACUCUUAGUUUGGAUACAUUGUUAGAGGAUUUUGACAAACGUAAUAAAGACUAAUAUACUUAUAAAAAUAUUUCUGUUAUCAAUGCAUCAAUAAGUACUUAAACUUUAAAAAUCAAAGUGUUAAUAAUACUUGAAAAUUAUUCUACUCUUUAAAAUAUUUAGAUUGAUUUAACUACUGGUGAAUUUAAUUUUACAAAUUAAAAAAUUGUUAGAAAUCCAUUAAGAGAUUUUAGCAAUUUAAAAUUUAUAGAUGUAAACUAUCUCAUUUUAAAUGAAGGACAUAGUUGUUAUAUUUAUGAUAUUCGACCAAUAAAAGAGAUUUAUGAUUACAUAUUUUUCUAUUAAUUUUGUUACAAUACUAUAUACCAGUAUAAUACUACUCACUAUAUUUUUUAUGAACUAGAUUUUGAUAUUUUUAUGAUUGGAUAAAUUGAUUAUCGAAUUAGAAUUUUGAAUAAUCAAACUUAAACAGAGAAUUGCACUUUAAUUGCAGAAAACUCUUUAUCUAAAGCAGAAAUUACCUUACAUUUAAUUUAAAAUAUAUCAUAAAAGAGUCCAGAAAGAACUUUUGCAUUUAGCAUUUUAUGUUUGACAGUUAUAUGUAUAGUUUUGAUCAUUUAUUUUAUUCGAAGAUCCUUUUUAAAGAAAAGAAAAUAAUUUUCUAUUUUAAAUUCAUGA